AUGUACCGAGCGCUCUCGCCCGUAUUCGACGUCCCCGAGCUGCCGACCCUCAGGCGGGUGAAGCCGCUCCCGAAGCGUCGACGCACAUCGGAGCCAUCGCAGAAUGACGGCGCCAGGCGGCCCAUGCCCGCCCUGCCGUCCAGCAUGCUCGACGCCACGCCCGAGGAGCUGGUCGUGCACGCAGACGCCCUCAGCGCCCAGAUGGCGCUCCAGUCCUACUACAUGCCCGUCCUCGGUGGCGUCCAGGAGCUGUUCGCCAAGGACCCCAUCGCGCCCUCGAGCACGCUGAUCGACCUCGGCGGAGGCACAUUCGGGAUGGGCGACUUCCGCGGUGGCCAGGACGAGGACGAGCUCGGCGACGGCGACUAUAUGGAGCACCUACAGCAGCCAGGGAACACGAAGAAGAGGAAGGUGCCCGCGAAUAUGUCCGGCGGGAUGCACGGGCGGGACUCUGGCGGCAACUCGGGCGCGGAGGACGAGCCCAGUGAGCGGGGCGUGCCCACGGGUGGCCGCAGCGACCGCGAGUACGACGCCACAGGCGACAGGCACGGUGCGCUGGCGUCCAGUGCGCUGGCGCAUAGAAAAGGAAGACUGCCGAAGGCGACGCUCGCGGCGCUGCAACAUAAAGAGUUGCUGAAGAUGCGGAAGCGACAGCUGCAAGCCGUUAUUGGCCAGUUGGCACAACAGGGAGAUACCCUCGCGCUCGAUCAGGCGCUCUCCGCCAACUAUCCGUUCGCCCGCCUGAGCCUCAGUGACAGGCCUCCGCCACCCCUCAGGGUACGCCUCUCGCGGCGUCGUGGACCUCGACUCGCGCGAGCAUAUAGAGCGUUUCGUGCUUCCCUCCCGCCGGAUACCUACGAACCCAAGAUCGUCGUUCCUCCCGAAGUGGACUUUUCGUUUGUAUGUGACAGUCUCACCUCGAAGCGCCUAGUAGCGACGAAGGAAGAGGUUGCGGCUUUACAUGCCCGCUUCGAAGCAGAGCUUGCCAGGCAGGCGGCGAAGGCAGCUGAGGCUGCAAAACAGGCCGCUGCUGCGCUAAAUGGACCGCUGGCCAAACGUAGUGAUCGCUCGAAAGGUCGGGGUGCCCGUGGCGCAGACGGACAGUCUGCAAACCUCGAGCAGUCCCUGCUAAACGGAAAGACAGGUACUGGCAAGAAGAAGCGAUCCGCACUCGCGAACGCGUCGAACCCUCACCACCUGCGCAACUAUGUCCCUUCCCGCCUCCCGAACUCGGGUCAAGUGAACACUGCACAGAAUGCGCAGAACACGCAGAACCUGCUUAGUCCUCUGCCGAUCCGACUCCUGUCUGCCGACCUGCCUCCCCGCCGUCGAAAGAAGAACGAGCGCCCCAUCGUGCCGGUCGCGACGCUCACGAACCCAGCGGACGAGUGGAUCUGUCCGUUCUGCGAGUACAGUCUCUUUUACGGGGACGAGUUGGGCUACCAGCGGGCCAUUCGCAACCGGAAGAAGAUACUCCGGCGCCGUCGCCGGGCUCGCGAGCGCGCUGCUGCUGCGGCCAGUGGUACGAGCGCUGCGAAGGCGUCGGAGAAGGACGCGCCGCCGGCUGACGAUGCAUACGCUGGGUACGAGAUGCCGGCGUACGAGGGUAGCGCGGCGGCUGCGUCGGGCAAGCAGGGGCGGUGGAAGGACGAGCGGGACCGAGGGGGGCAUGUCCACGACAGUGCAGGACACGGUGCGCUUGGAUAG